AUGGCGGGAGAUGCAGCGCGUGCAGCUCCGCAAACUGGUAAAGAGCGACCGCCACCGAGGUUCAUAGAAGUUUUCCACGACAACCUUGAGCGAGAGCUUGACGUAAUUUCGUCACUUGUUGCGCUUGGCAAGUACAAGUUGGUUGCCAUGGAUGCAGAGUUCCCUGGCGUCGUCGUGCGACCUCUUGGAAACUUUGACUCACCAGAGGACUUUCAGUACCAGACCAUUAGGUGCAAUGUCGACCUUUUGAAGGUUAUUCAAAUUGGGAUCUGCCUGGCCGACACGGAGGGCAGUCUGCCAACGACAGAGGAAGCGCCCGCCGGCAACGUAUGGCAGUUCAACUUCGAGUUCUCUCUCGCACGUGAUAUCUAUGCACAGAGCUCCGUAGAGAUGCUUCAGGAAGCUGGAAUCAAGUUCGACGUGCUUCAAGAGCGCGGCAUCGAUCCGAUCUAUUUUGGAGAGCUCCUGAUCACAUCUGGGCUCGUAAUGAAUCCGGAUGUAACCUGGAUUACGUUUCAUUCAGGAUAUGACUUUGGUUAUCUGGUGAAGACAUGCACAGCAGACUUGAUGCCCGCGACAAGGCAAGCGUUCUACGAGCUUCUUAGCAUUCUUUUCCCAAACUUUUUGGAUAUCAAGAGUUUCAUGCCGUCUCUGCAGCUGCAUGGCGGCCUCAAUAAACUUGCAGAGACGCUGCGAGUGCGUCGACAUGGCCCCGCACAUCAAGCGGCAAGUGAUGCGCUGCUCACGCUGGAUGUUUUCAACCGUUUGGCGAGAGUGCAUGCGAACUUUAUUGCGUUCGAUCAAUUUCUCAACAAACUAUACGGGCUAAGCUUUCCGACCAGCGUAGACGUGACCAACACAAGCAUGCAGGCUCAGCCUCAGAACGCGCUGGAGAUGAAUGCGUUGCUGGAGGAUACAGACCGAAUACGCUCGGAAGAUGGGUCAGGUUUCGCAAAGCCCGCGGUCUGA